AUGAGGUUGAGUGGUAAGGGGAAAAACCUUUUUUACUUAAGGACUUCCCAAAGCAGAUGGGUAUCGCAAAAAACCAAUCAGAAACCCUUUUACAUUACCACCCCAAUUUUCUACGUCAAUGCUGCUCCACAUUUGGGGCACUUGUAUUCCAUGUUACUCUGCGAUGUGAGAAACAGGUGGGAAAAAUUGAAUAAUAGACCAUCAUUAUUUACCACCGGUACCGAUGAGCACGGUUUAAAAGUUCAGGCAGCGGCAGAAAAGAACGGGAAGCCACCAAAGGAGUUUGUUGACUCAUUGGCUGAGACAUUCAAAGAUUUAGCAUCAUUGACAAAUAUUAACUACGAUAGAUUUAUACGGACAACAGAUGACGAUCAUGUCAAAGCUGUUACAGAAUUUUGGAAUAUUGUGAAGGAAAAAGGUUAUAUAUAUCAGGGUCAGCAUAGUGGUUGGUACUCUGUUUCGGACGAGACGUUUUAUCCAGAAACACAAAUAGAAGAAAGAGCAGACCCAAAGACAGGCGAGAAAAAAGUCGUUUCUAUAGAAACUGGUACUGAAGUCUUGUUUCAAAAAGAAACCAACUAUUUUUUUAAGCUUUCUCUCUUCUACAAUGAUUUAUUGAAACUUCUUCAUGAAAGGAAAGAUUUCAUCAUCCCUAGAUCCAAGCAAGAUGAGAUGAUUAAGGAGUUAGAGAAAAAUGGAAAGCUCGAAGAUCUCAGUGUCUCCAGACCUUCUUCGCGCCUUAAAUGGGGUAUUCCUGUUCCAGGUGAUGAUUCUCAGACUAUAUAUGUUUGGUUUGACGCCUUAGUCAAUUAUCUCACAAGUGCAGGUUUCCCUUGGAAUGGUAGUAAUUCUAUUGAAUUUUCCGAGCAAAAUCAUUGGCCUGCUACACAUUUAGUUGGAAAAGACAUUGUGAAAUUCCAUGGCAUUUAUUGGCCAUCUUUUUUAAUGGCGGCCGGGGUUGAAGUUCCAAAGCAGUUAGUUGUUCAUGGGCAUUGGCUCUGCCAGGGCACAAAAAUGAGCAAAUCUUUGGGUAAUGUUGUCGAUCCAGUUCUCAUGGCAAAAUAUUACGGUACUGAUCCUCUUAGAUUUUUUUUGUGUGAAAAUUCUGUAUUAGAAGGUGAUGGUGAUUUUAAUGAAGAAAGAUUGUUUUAUUCAAGAAACAACGUGAUGAGUAAAAUCGCAAACCUAAUUAUGAGAUCUUGUGGUACCAAGUUCAAUAUUGCUAGAGCUGUUGAAAGCUACCAAAAUAAACUAAUUAAUGAAAGUACUUUGGAUUCUUUCGCGGCUGAUAAGCAAAUAAAAGAAAAAUACCAACAAUUGAUGAAUGAUCUAAACAACUUAACAGAAAAAGUUGGUAAAAACAUUGAAACCUACCAAAUGAUUCGUGCCACUGAUGAGCUUUGGAAUGUCAUCAGCCAAGCUAAUCAGUUAUUCCAACUUUCUGAACCUUGGUCUCUUGAUGUAUCAAAUGAAUCUGAACUUCGAAAGCAAGAUGCAAUUAUUUUUGCCUCGAUUGAAACUGCAAGACUUGUCUCAAUUUUGUUGAAGCCUUUUAUGCCAGAGUUAUCAAAUACCUUCUUAGACCGUAUGUCCGUGGAUGUUGACCAUAGGGAUACUGGUUUCGCCAAAGUGGGGUGUGAUGUUUAUGGUAGUGGCGCCAAUAGAAGUGGAGAUGCGCCAAUGCAAAAGUUGAAAAAGAGAUCCUAA